AUGGACGGAUUCGAAGACAGUGCUACGUGUGAAGCAGCCGAGGACUUUUUAUUCCGUAGAGCACAACGUGAGGCGUUCCCCGAUAACAUGCAGGCCGCAGAGAAGGGCUUGGACGUCGCUAAAGGAAGCGACAUAUGUGGACUGGCGCCAUACCCAGAUGGCAAUGGAGUCCUGCGAGCGUAUGGCAGGAUCGAUGCGGCGCCAUGUAUACCGUACAGCGCCAGGAGGCCAGUGAUCCUCUCCCACCGGCAUGGUCUCACGGAGAUGAGUGUGCGCGACGCCCAUGUGAGGAUGAAGCAUCAAAACGUGGAUGCUACGAUGGCUGAGAUCCGGACCAGGUUCUGGAUUACGAGACUGCGGAGAGUGCUUCGUAGUGUGAUCUCGGGAUGCAGCGAGUGUAAGCUGCACAGAGCACGGCCGAUGCCGCCGAUUAUGGGACCCCUGCCAGAUGAUCGUUUGGACGCCAAUGGCUGGCCGUUUAAGAGCACAGGCCUUGACUACUUUGGGCCGCUGCUAGUGACCGUUGCUCGGCACCAAGAGAAACGGUGGGUGGCCUUGUUUACGUGCCUGACGACCAGGGCGAUUCAUCUGGAACUGGCACAUGACUUGUCGACUGAUUCCUGCAUACUUGCAAUCAGGAGUUUCAUCUGUCGUCGAAGGCCUGUACAUAGACUGCGCAGCGACAAUGGCAGGAACUUCGUUGGAGCAGACAGAGAGGCCAAGAGAUUUGCGGAGAUCUUCGAACCCGAGAGGAUCCAGUCGGAGCUGUCAAGCAAGGGAAUUGAAUGGAUCUUACACUGCCCAGCGAACCCGUCAGAGGGUGGAGUCUGGGAGCGAAUGGUGCAGUGCGUGAAGAGGGUGCUACGCCACACAGUGAAGGAAGUGGCGCCGAAGGAGCACGUCCUGGAGAGCUUCCUGAUAGAGGCGGAGAAUGUCGUUAAUUCUCGUCCGCUCACCCAUUUGCCAGUGAGUGCGGACCAGGAAGCCCCUCUUACGCCCAAUGAUCUCCUCAAGGGAGCAGCUUGCCCACCGGAUACCGCCGGCCUGGAUGGAGGCCUCGUCAAGAAAGGAGCUACGCGGAAGCAGUGGCGCGUGGCAAGAAUGUUGAGGAACCGAUUCUGGAAGAGGUGGGUCUUGGAGUACCUACCCACGCUGACACGGAGAGAGAAGUGGUGCCGCAGAGAGAAGCCGAUUCAACGAGGAGACAUCGUCUUCGUUUGCGAUCCAGCCGUUCCGCGUCGAGACUGGCGGAAAGGCGUCGUGGAGGAGACCUUUGCUGGAACGGAUGGUGAGGUCAGACGAGCCCGCGUUAGGAUCAUGGAUGGAGAUCGGACUCGCUGGAUAAUGCGCCCCGCUUCAAAGGUGGCGGCUUUGGAUUUGAGUGAAGAAGUUCUUCACGGAGGUGGGGAUGUCGCGGAUCGAUUAUCGAUAUUUAGUAUUUAA